AUGGCGACGAUUUCUAGCGGUCCGGCUGCGUCUGGCGGGGGAGUCUCGACAUUGGGAGCUUCGCAUCCGUACACAUGCAACACAUGCCAGGUCGCUUUCCGCAAUAGCGACUUGCAAAGGGGACACAUGCGUAGUGAUUGGCAUCGCUACAACCUGAAACGCCGAGUCGCCUCUCUUCCGCCUAUUUCCUCCGAAGUUUUCACCGAGAAAGUUCUCCAAGCUCGCGCCGAAACUACAGCCCAAGCGGACAAAGCUGGUUUUGAACGGGCGUGUGAGACAUGUCAGAAAACAUAUUACAGCGAGAACUCGUUCCGGAAUCAUCUCAGCAGCGCAAAGCACAAGGCGGGGGUCGCUGCCCUGGCAGCGAGAUCCAACGGUAAAGCCGAUGACGAAGCGAGCUCUGUGACAUUUUCUCUGGGCGAACCGGCGGCGGACUCGACGGUCGACUCAGAUGCGGAGGAGGAGUUUAACGAGGUCGUGGAGGGUCUCAAGAACACUGGGAUCAAUGGUUCUGUUUUUCCUCUCAAGCGGCCCGCAAACCCCAAUAUACCCGCUACAGCAGAAAAGAAGCAGGAUCACCCGUCGUCAGAGGUCCCUGGUGGAGAGUCUUCCACCGCAACCCCCUCGGCACCAACACCGACAGGGAACAAGCCGGCUCCGACAGCUUCACCCAAGACAUGUCUGUUUUGCAACUAUGAGUCCCCAACCCCGGUGCUCAAUGCUGCUCACAUGGAACGGACUCAUGGCCUGUUUAUCCCUGAGAAACAGUAUUUGGUGAACUUGGAGGGUUUGCUUAAAUUCUUCCAGGAGCAGGUUUUCGACUUGAACGAGUGUAUCACGUGCGGAAAGGUGAAGUCGAACGUUUUUGCGGUGCAGACACACAUGCGGGACAAGGCGCACACUCAAAUUCCGUAUACAACGGAGGAAGAACAGCUCGAGAUCGGCGAGUUCUACGACUUCCGUAGCACAUAUUCCGAUGAUGAGGAAGGAGUGUGGGAGGAUGAGUCCGAUGACGAAGAAGAGCAGAAGGGCGGUGUUAAACUUGGGGCUAAACGGGAGAGCAAGACUGUCGGGGAGGAUGGCGAUGAGGUGAUGGAAGAUGAGAGUUGGGAGACAGACAGCGAUGCGUCGUCACUUGACUCCGAUGACCUCCACGCGGUCCCUGGUGACCACCACUACCAUCAGUACGACCGCUUGAACAAGCAUCCCCACCACUCACGCAACACCAGCCGCAAUCACCUUCAGGCGGACGACUUCCACGCACAGUCCCACAGACGCAACCAGGCCGUGUUCCACGACGAGUACGAACUGCACCUUCCCAACGGCAAAUCUGUCGGCCACCGGUCUCUCAACCGGUAUUUCCGCCAGAACCUACACAGCUACCCGACCCCGGAGGAGCGGGCUGAGCGUCUUGCCAUCGAGGCUGCUGGGCGGGAGGACGAGAUGGACAUCGACAGUGAGGAACGCCCACGUGGCCGAGCCUUGAUUCCCAGGGAUGUACGGGGCCUGGGUGUCGCGUCUCUUGACGACAAGCAGACCAAGGCCGUCGUUACUAAGGGUAAGAAGCAGGAAUGGGCGAACCAGAAGAGCAAGGGCAUGUUGCAGUCACGGUUGGGGAUUAAGGAAAAGGCUCCUCACCCGGCGACAUAUUUGCGCUGA